GCAGUGUGACGAUACCGGCGGACAAAUGCCGCGAGCCCAGGACUCAGUAACCCUGACAGUUUAUUCCGAAGAGACGCGUCGGCAGCCAAAUUUACCAUCUCCGCGUUACGGUUACGUGUUCGGAUUUAGGACACGGAUCUAAUUUAUGUUCUAUUUCGUCACAGCACUGCAGGCUCUGCACCGGACUGCACUGACCGCGGAUACUGUGCUGUUGCGGUGUGUUCGCGAGUGGACGUGGGCAUGGACCCACACUGCCGGGUUUGACUGCACUGUGACUGUCGGCGUCGCGCGAGCCGGCUGCCGGACACGAGCGGCAGCGCGUGGGGUCGAGGACAAGCCGAGGAGAAGGUGACACCAGCCGCCGGUGCCCACGAUCACCGCUCCCCCCCCCGCUUCAUCUUCAUCCUCGUCCUCAUCUUCUGAGUCCUGUUCAUCUCAGCGCUCGCGGGGAAGAAGGAGGAGGACGAUCUCGGGCCAGAACCCGCGCGAGGGCCAAAGAGAGAAAGGAGUCGUCAGAUUCUCGUCACGGCCACCGGUCCCGGUCAUCUGCGACCUGUCAAGAGCCUCAGUCCACGGCCACGUGACGGGGUAUGCCAUGCCGCAUUGAGAUCCCCUCACUCCAAGGGAAAUACGCUGAAAUGUUCCACCCAGAGCGCAGUUUUAACACGGGAUGUCCUGUGAUGUGACGAGCGCGUGAAGAAGCCCACGGCACGCGAGAUACCCCACGCAGAUCCCCCCAGUUCCAGGACGUGUCGUGAUCCUGACGUCGUGUUAGCUUUUGUUGCAGGACGCACGGAUACGUGGACGGCACGAAGAAUAACCAAACGGAGGAUGUGUGCUUAGAAACACACACAGGAAAACAAAUGAAUAAUUAAGAGCAGGAAUCGGAGACGGUGAAGCGAGAAGGUCGUAAUGCACGUGGAGUCAUCAAUAAUACAGCGCGACACGGCGGAGCCCGCAGCCGGCACGCGGGACGCGCGACCUACUUAGAGACGCGGGCGCGUGAAGCCGGCUGCCUGCCCUGUGCCGCGCGUAAUAUUUCAUACGAUCCAUUGCUACGUACUGAAUUUAUUUCAAAAGCGUCGAAUUUCGACGCAGGUCUCCACGGAGCUGUCGAGCAAAUCGCGAAAAAAAUAGCACCGCUACGUAUCCGAGAGGAAUUAGAAAACACUUGUGCGAAAGGAGAUAAAAUAUUAACUAGUCUAGUGUGUUUGUAGAUUGUUGUUAACCUAUUGGACCUGAGGGGGUCGAAGUACUGUAAGUGUAAUAUUAAAAAGCAGCCUUAGCAGCCGCGGCGCAGGGCAUGAUGAUAAUGGCCGGUGCCGUUUUUAAUCAGGGAUUUUUAAACGCGUUCAGCCCAAAACCAAAGUUAUUAAUUCAGCCCAAAUAUUUCACCACUGGAGCUUUGCUGUGAAUUAAAAAAACGGAAACAAAAAUCCCUUUAUGAACAAAGGUUCACUCACAAUAGUGGAUUGCUCUGCUGCGGAAUUUUAGAAUUAGAUUAGUGCUAAAUAAACCUCUCAAUGGAUUUGAGAAGAAAAUAACCUUCUGACGGACCAGGAGCUGGUAUCUGUUGAUGAACAAUUUGUAUUUGUUCAUGAUCAGGGUCAUAAAGUGAGAGUAAAGGUCCAAGAGUGCCUUAAGGUGAGCAACGGGCUCUUGGAAGAAGUGAAUGAAGCAGUACAUGUACGGAGACUGGAAGCUGAAGUAAGUCCUGUGAGAAGUGUUAAAACUGAGCGGGACCUGGCACCAGAAGAGCCACCCAGUCAAGUCGAUUAAGCCGUUAGUCCGCCCGGUGACUCGCGCUCUGUCAUGUUGCUGAGAUGCAGCCGUCCCUCCCAGCCCCUGCUGAGGCACACCGACGUCCCGCAGCGGGUCACUGAGAGCUUCAUCCUCUCAGGGUACCGCUUCCCCGACUACAGCUUGCGAGAGUGCCUGGCAUCUGCCUUCAGGCCCACCAAUGAGACAGGCAACUUCUGGACCCACUUCCUGGCAGUGUUCGUCUUCGCCUUCCACUUCCUGGAGCUGUUCUGGUGGGAGGACCAGCCAGCCCUCAGCGACCCCUUCUUCUACCCCUUCUGGAACUACUUCAUUGGUGUGUUCUGCCUGCUGAUGGCCAGCAGCAUGGCCCACCUGCUCAACUCCAUGUCACUGCUCAUCAGGGAGAUCUGCUUCUUUGUGGACUAUGGCACCAUCAGUGCCUAUACUGUGGGCUCAUCCCUGGCUUACUUCUACUACAUCCACCCGCAAGCAGGGCUGCCUGGCACUGGGCUCCGCAACACCACCCAGGAGAGGCCACAAGUCCUGGAAGGUCCCUCUCUUCCACCGCCUUCCUCACAAUCGUCAUCCUCUACCCUCCCGGAGUUUCACGUAUUCUUUGAGAACUUCUACAUCCCCAGUGCCUGUGUGGUGGCUCUCCUGUGCACGCUGGCCUGCUGCUGCACCCGCCAACGUUGGAGAAGGUACCGAUAUGUGAUCCGCACCAUGGUUUUCCUGCUACCUUUUAUUGUGGCUUCCACCCCUGUCUUUUAUCGUCUUCUCCGACCAUCCCAGCACUCUGCCGUGUCCUUGUCCCGCUCCUCUGCAACCCUGGCUCCGUUUUUCUACCGGCACUGCUUCUGGCUGUUGGUGUCGGCACUCUUCAACAUCAGCAAGUUCCCAGAGCGACUCUCUCCAGGGAAGUUUGACAUCUGGGGCCACAGCCACCAGUGGUUCCACUGCUUCACCUUCCUCUCCAUCCUGGAUGAGCUGCACAUGAUCAAAGCUGAAAUACGGGCCUUGGCUCUGCCCCUGGCUUCACCCUUGAUGCAGCCUUUGCUCCCUGGUCCCACCCUGUGCUCCACCUACGGCGUGAUGUUUGCCUUACAGGGCUGCAUUGGCGCCAUAAUCUCCUGGUUCGCCUGGGGUGCCUGUCGGAGCAGGAGCACCCAGGCAGAACACUGCAAAUCUCACUGAUCGACCACUUCCGUCUCCUCUGGCUUAUCUUCCCUCAGAAGAUCACGAUACGCCUGUUUCCAUUUCUGUGUCAAAACAGACAGGCACAUGGAGGGGACAUGAAUAUGCAAGCGUUCUGGAAACUACCUUAAAGAUAAAACUAGAUAGCACUUUAAACCCCUGUGUAAUUCAGGACCCUUGUUGUCCAUGGAAGUCGUGAGCAUAUUUAAGGUCUCUGCAUGGACAAGAGGUAGAAUGUCUCUUCGUACGCAUCUUAGUCAGGUCCAUAACUCUGCUGCAGGGAUCAUCCAAGGACAGUUCUAACAGUUCUGUGCAUUUCAUACAUUUUGAUUGUAUUGUUCAUUUUUCAAAUCAAGGUAAAGCAGUGCUUUGUGCAAGAGAGCAUAUUUUUCACUGUAAUGUUUCAUGAUCAAAUGUCAGCGUAUCAGACAUACAUGUUUCGGUGAACACUUUCUGAUCACUUGGUCAGUUUUUACAGCCACGCCGAUUUUGUCUGCUUUGAGUACUGUACUUUAAUAUCACCAAGCUUUGUUGUAAAAAUUCUGUCUUUGGGGGGGUAGUUUUAGGAAGGGCCUCAGAGUUUGGAUUUUUUUUUUUAUGGAAGCCCUUUGAUUGAUCUAAUAUUCUGAACCGGAUGCUACACUGUAUCGGUAUCUUACACUGAAGUGGGCGCUUACACUGGAUUGCUGUGAUGUGUUACGCUGGACCCUGCAGUGAACCGGUCUUGCACGGUAAACUGGACAAACGAAUCAUCCUCCAGUGCAAAACACAAACAGGUGUAAAUGUGUGAAAGCACAAUAAUGCUGAAACACGGGACGCAAACGCGCAUACAUACUGUCUCACUUCUAGACACAACAAACCGACACUGCCUCAUCAGAAACAUCCUUUUACAGACCCUCAGACUGGGGAGCAGCAUAUCAUAUAGCGGGAAUGAGCAAAACUGUUGUACAAUGUUCGGGAUCUAUAAGUUGAUGAUGUUAUUCUGAUGCUAUAUUGAUUUUAACGUAGCGGUGUUAAAAACCACCUUUGAGUGGUAUGAAUGCAUAUCUGUCCACACGUUGACUUUUAGCUUCGAAAUGUGAUAUUUUCUUAUCCUGUCUCAAAUGAAAUGUACAAACCUAUCAUCCCCAAACUCUUAAAUGCCUUCCCUCCCUGCUCCCACCCCUAUAAGCUAUAUAUUCCAGUCUUUUAAGCCUAAGCUCAUUCUUUCUAUUCUUGCUGUGGUUCCUUCCACUAGAACUCCCAGUUUGUUGUUGCGUGGCAUUUGUCAAGCUUUCAUGACGUAUUCUGUGCCGCCACAUGACUGCAGAAACGUACGUUGAGCAGGUGUCUCUUGGUCCUUUAUUAAACAAUGUGUUCCAUCAGAGCAGGGCCUCCUCAGUAUGUUCUAACAGCUCCAGGCCCUGAGAUCUCCAUCCUUCCCCUCGCUUGAGGGCAGCACGCUGACGACAUCAUCUUAUUAUCCGGUGCUUUAGUAUGAGAACACGUUGUCAUCGUUGGCGCGAAUGACGGAUGUCGCCGAGGUGCACCAUAGCCCACGGGCCAAUGUGGUGGAGGUGGUGCUGUCAUGCCGGCACUGCAAGCUCUUCCUUGGAAGGUUCCUGCCGUGCUGCAAAUGCUGUGACUUGUGCGGUUAAAAUUGUGCCAGUAGGUCACACACAACCAGAGAAGCGCUGACACUGUCUUCCUGUCCUACUGUCAUCCUUAAUUAUUUCCAUCUGUACAGGGCCCCUCUCUCCUUUUCAAUGUUUUAUGCAUUCUUCCUCGUUCUCACCUACCCACUCCCCUUUUCUUCCCCAUUCUUGAUCUCCCUCUUUGUCUUUCUGCUCUCUGACGUCUCCCCUCCUUCUGUCUGUCUCGGUUCCUCUUUACAAACGCUCGCAAGGGGAAGUGCAGCCAGAGACACAACAUAAGCAUUUGUCGCCUCAGUGCCCUUGCACUUUGUGCGAAAAGGAACUGAGCGCUACGAAGUUCACCCUGCAGGCUGAUCGAAGCAUUCAUUUCACUUUCAGCAAAGGACAACAUGUAGAAACAAUACUGAGGGACCUAAUAUGUUGCUAUUGUUUGCAGCAAAUGAAAAAUACAGAAGAGGGCUUUUAUUGUUUCAUAGUAUAAACUUGCAUGUUGUUUGGUUAAAAACAAAUAACUGUUGAUGAAACGUUUGUGAAUUUGGGUGACUCGGAAUGGAGACUGAGUCACGGUGGUGAGUUCAUUAGAAGUCCAUUCCACCAUAAAAUUUCAAUUAAAAACAGAAGCCAUACUUUGGAUAGAAAGCCAUAUUACAGUGACCACUUCCCCAACACGCAAUGCUUAAGGUACUCUGCAAGACCACCACGAAUACAGUAUUUUAUUUGCCAUCACUUUGAGGAAUUCACGUAUUCUUGUUUGUUUUUCGAUAAUAGUGUGUUUUUUCUUUCUUAUUUGUAAAAGCAGAUAGUUUUACUGGGUGAACUCUACAUCAGUAGAGGUGCUGAGAAAGACGGGUUUAUAAUGUCUGCUGUGUCACAGGUUCAUCUAAUAUACUGUAAUAUGACUGAAGUCAGUCAGAUUUCAUAUCAGACUAAGUAUGUUCAUUGACCCAGGUUUGAUUGAGCGUUGACAAUGGUUUUAAGGUCUGGACGGACAAAAAUGACUAAUCGUAGUAGCUGACUCUAAUAUCAUAAACUCACCAUUGACAUAACCAAAUGAUGUCAAGAUGCAGCAUGUUAUGCCGCGUUUGGUCAGAACGGGACCUAUUACAAGCUGUUUCUCUGAGCGUAUUUGUGAAAUAUAAGAAAUGUUUUGUAUGAUGUCGUGGUUUUUUCACUCUGCUGUGAGCAUUCACACGUGCAAAUGUAAUUCCUGAUGUUAGUUUAACGUUCCAUUGAAGACCACAGUGUCUUUGUUCAUAGGCAGGAACAAAUAGCAACUCACCAUGGUAUAUUUGUGUGUACGGCCAUUUAGCACUUUGGGUGGAACGUCUCCAGAUUCAUUGUGCUGUUCCAGUGGUAGCUGUGACUAGUGGACUCAACAGCGUUGGAGCGUUGUCCAUUCUGAAUGUGGGGGGAUGGGUUGUGAAAGUGCGGAAGCCUUUACUGACGUGCGAUUUGACAGUCUUUUAGGACCUUUCACUCUACAGAAGGCCGAGUGCUCUGAUGUGUGAGAUACCACAUUUUAUACGUUUCACCUUGUUCAACCUGCAGCCCUAUGGGCUCCUAGAUGAUGUGGUGCCACUGUGAGCAGUGGGGUGUGUUCCUCAGGCGUCUUACCAGUCGGUCCGUGUUCCUUGGGCCACCUCACCGCAGGUGGCAUGUGUGGCAUAAACAGGGUUCGAAUCACCAUCCCAUUGUAGGCCAUAUGGUAAUUUGCUGACUCACCUAGGGAGAGAAGCUUCUAGAAACAGUUUGCAGUGAUUCGGGCACAAGGUGAAGAUGCCAUUUAGGGAACCCCGCUCAGCUGUGUGAUGUGGGGCCCAUCAGACUUGAAGACACAAGUUGAAUGUGAGCCUGUUUAGGUCAUAGUGUACUGUACUCAGGGGGGAACCAAGGGCAGGUGUUCCCAAAUGCACUGGACUUAGCGUCUUCACUUACUG